CUAAGCUUUGGCAUCUGUGACGUGCAUUUGUUGACGAUCGAACCUACAACUUCAAACUUCCACCUUAAAUAUCUCGAACCUCGUUUUAAACCCGACACGUGUCUUUAGAAACUGUUUAUAACGGCUUGCGACAUUUUAGGCGUUCAAUUUGCACACUAAUCAUGAAGUAGGAAGCAACUACCCUAGCUGUUCGCCAUGGAACAGUCGUAUUCUACAUCUAAAGUUACAGUCGAGUACUUCGACCCUCAUGACGUCUUCAAGCUUCUCGCGCCGGGAUUAGUGCCUCGACUUCCCUUGCGCAACCUUCAUUGGCAAUCGCAUGCCGGACCCCUUCGCUCUAUCGAUACCCUUCAUAUCGAGCUUCUCUCAGCCGGCGACAAGACCUCCGUUACCUCUCCAGUUCCUUCCCCACAUGCUUCUGGAAAUCAUUUGGAUACUGUCGUUAGCCGUGAUGAUGGCUUCCAAACCCAGAUAGGAGCUAAACUAUCCUCCGAUGGUCUCGAUCAGACUGCGAACCGAAACAGUGCACCUGCACGGCGACACCAGAUUCCUGGUCUAAGGAGGACACCAUACUUGAAGGUGCUACUUGUUCGGUGUGAUGAUAAUGACUCUUAUAAGGGGCAUGUAAGGCAGGAUAUACGUGAUUGGAUUAAGACCAACACGCCUCCGUCCGGCUCGAAGAGGAAUACUGCCGAAAACCACGAUGCCUUCGAAUGGCUCAUUAUCCACGUCAUAAUACCGAAUACAGUCGCCGCCACACAGCCUCGAGACUCGGGUUCGGCCCCAGAGAAGACCUCGGCCGUCUCUAAGUGGAGACCAGGAUCAAGCACACUCUUUGAGAAGCUUAGAUCCGAUUUUAAUACGUCUAGUAAAGGAGGGGUGGACCGAAUCGCCCAAAUUCGUAUUGGCGUCAACGAUGUCCCGUACGAUAUUUUGCCUCGAGUUGUGCCGGCUGUGCCUAGUGGCUAUUCUGAGACAGAGCAGGAGACUGAAAAUUCGUGGACGGAUCUCGUUUCCAAAUUUCGCAGCCUCAUUUUGUCUAGUUUUGAUCUGCGUGUGAGCCAAUACGAGGAAGAUAUCAGGGAGAAGGACUCUCAGAGGACUUUGCCUGGAUGGAAUUUUUGCACUUUCUUCAUUCUCAAGGAAGGUCUCGCUCGCGGCUUUGAGAGCGUAGGUCUAGUAGAAGAUGCAUUGGUCGGAUAUGAUGAACUAAGUGUAGGGCUGGAUAUGAUCGUCAAAGAUCAGACCUCGACAGGAUCGAGAUCCGCCACGAAUGCGCUUUUGAGCUAUACCGCCGAGUUAAAACAAAUCGCUCUUCAGGCUAGAGCUACGAUUACCGGUUCCGAGUAUGAAGACGAGGAUGAAAUGGUUGAUCUACAGUCCCAAGCUGAGGGUGCUCAACCCAAGGAUAUAUAUGAUGACAUUCCUAUCAGCUCCACUAAGAAGCCCUACCGCGAUUUAAUUGUUGCGAAUAAUGUAUCUGUUUUUGACUUUAGGUGCUAUAUAUUCGCUAGGCAAAUAUCCCUGUUGCUUCGGCUCGGAAAUGCGUGCUCAACACGGGAAGAGUUGCUAGCAAAACUCAAAGAGCAGCAAGAGUCAGUCCUGCAUGGCGUCGCACCCCGUGCGCCACCCCCAAAACAAAAAGAAAAUGAGCACGAGGAUUUAACCAUGCUCGCUGAGAUCUGCCGACGAACAUUAGAAUUCAUACCUACGGUAUCCCAGGUUAUGAGAAAUGAUGUUUUUGCCGCUCUCUCGGAUAUGGCGAAAGCGGAUGGAGAUGAUACCUCAAAACCAUCACAAGCAGAUCCCACGGUCGAAGAAGUGGUUGAGAACUUGGUUGCCUCAUUUGCGUUUUCUAUCGCCCAGCAGAUUCUAGCUCAGACUUCGACUAAAGCUUUACCGAUACCACCGUCAUCCCUAGCAUCGCAAGGUGCAAACGAACAAAAGGCUGCGAUACCCGAACCUAAAACGAUGAUGCACCCAGCGAGAAAUACCUCGUUAUCGAUACGGACCGAGCGUGGCGCCAGUGUUGGUCGUCCACUUCCUAGUCCAAAUAUCUUUCCUGGACGCCGACCGAGUGGUGCGGAUGAUCAAGCCCAAUCAUCGUUUCUUAAAGCUGGACUGGAAGAGCUCGCUGCUAGGAGAGCUGAGCUCUACAUGUUGUCGAGGAAUAUCCUCGCGGAGUGCGGAAAAAAACGUGGAUGGGCUGAUGGCUGGGAUAGUGUACCCGUCAUAGGGGAGUCAACCAUGGUCGAAAUGGUCGAUAUCGACCUUAAUGAUGAUGACGAUGACGGUGACGAUGAUAAUGACAAUGGUGAUGGUGACGAAAAAGCAGAGGCUGAAGACGAGGAGACUUCCGCCAGUCGUGAAACUGUAGUCUCCAUCUCUGGCGUCGAUAGCAAGUUGCUCAAGACGGCCCUCGAUAGCAAAGACGAUUUUUACCGUCUUUACGAAACACUUACCGAUAAAGCCUUGCGGCAUUAUACCGUAGCGGAUCACACCCAUUCGGUAAAGACUAGCAUGGCGGAUAUCGCCGUGUUGAAAUAUCACCUUUGCGACUACGCGGCUGCUUCUUCCUACUUUUGGGAGACUAUCCCUUUCUUUGGAGAAAGUGGCUGGAGUCUCCUGGAACUAUCCAUGUUGGUCAUGUGUUCGAGGUGUCUCAAGCAGCUCCAGCGGAAGGAUGAGUACAUCAAAGUUAUGUUGAAGCUUUUGACCAAGGCGGCCGCGGCCGAAAGAGACCGUCUACGACAAAAAUCAGGGUUUCGAUUAGGGAAGCAGGAAGAUGUUGAUUACCCUGAUAGCGAAGCUAUUAAGGGGUUCCUGGAUGAUCUACUUGCUGCGACAAAGACUCUACCAAAUGAACUACGGAUAUCCCUUUCUAGCUUUAUUUCUAUUGUGGAAGUUGACGGCCCUCCCGAAUACCACCAAGGUCGAGAUGGUAUUUCCCUCAAUCUGAAGGUGAAUAGCUUGCUUGCGGAUAGCUUCCGAGUUGAAGGUGUGAGAGUACGGGUUGUUAGUGCUGUCAAUAAAUCGUCGAAAGAUAUAUGGUUUGAGCUUGCCGAGCCGACAACGAUUAAGCCCGGCAGAAAUAAGCUCAAACUAAAUAGUAACUCGGCGAUCCCAGGUUCCUACGAGAUCGAUAAGGUCGAUUUCAAGGCUAGCAACAUACACCUGCACCAUGAACGUGAAGCAGGUCAACCUGUAGACAAGGCCAGCGAUACCCUUCAGUCUCCCUAUCUUGCCAUUUAUCACCGAUCUGAGACGUUAGAUGUAAAACUGCGCGCAUCGAAACAUAUUCAAUUAGAUCGAAACAAUACAGUGGAUAUCGAUUUGGAUUCUGGCUGGAAUGACCUGCUUAACGCCGAGAUUCGAGUCAAGGCUGCUACGGGAGGCCUCAGACUGCUCACAAGCGAGGCAAAGUGUAUCAACUCAUCCAUUAACUUCUCAAAAAAGCCAGAGGGUGGCCUAUUUUGUUUCGCGGCCAUACCACGGAAUAAUACCGUGCGCAUCCGGUUUCCGUACACUGUAGAGCAAGAGACUCUCAGUAUAUCCAUACGCAUUGAGGUAUCUUAUUCAACCGGCGAUGGCUCAUUUUUCUUCUCUAAAACUCCUGUCGUCGAAACCGCUUUGGCACUCGGGGUUAAUGUCCAGGAUGUUUUUAAGCACAAAGCUCUGUUUUCUAGAUUUACCGUAUCUACAGCGAGUCAGAGCCCUCUACGUUUAUUCACAAGUGAGCUUGUAGGCUCAGAAGCUUUCGAAUCAGAGUUCGGAGUACCGCCUAGUGCUCCCGUUAUCAUCUUCCCGAAGCAGCCAGCCAGUCUAUUGUACAAGAUCACACGUAAAGUGGAUGUGAAGAUCAACCCAAAGACGAAAAAGACCAUGUACCUUAGACUGCGUUACAGCAUGUUGCAGGAAGAAAUCGAAUCCCUAAUCGAGGAUUCCAUAACUGAAUCCUUGGAAGAUAAGCCGUUGCGUCCUUUCUCUCGGCUGAUAUGCUCAACAAUCAUCCCUCACGUUCGACACGGCCUCACGGGACAUGAUCUAGAGCGCGCGGUUCUUCUUGGAUCGGUACCCACGACGUUCUUGUCCUCGGUCAACUGGGCUAAGUACUUCGUUGGGCUGGGCAAAGCACCCGAUGGUACCGAUUACUCCAAAGCUCUCGUGUCCUUCCUCCGAAGUUGGCAGGCUGCGAAUCCUAAAUUGGAGCUCGAAACAUCCUCGAUCCCCGCAGAACCGAGAUCGAUCCUGAUCCCUGUAGAUAUACCCUCCCUAACAAUUGUCCACACGGCAGAUAUCCGGCUCCAACAAUCUCCGCAGAAAUCAUCAUCCUCGUCAGCACUUUCCACUCUUCCCAAUUCUCCCACGCCCACCGUCUGCACGAAUCAACUACUACCCGCAGUCCUACAUCUAAAAUGGACGCGUGUAUGGGACACAACCACACCCCCUGCCGAACAAAACGACCUCGAAUUUAGCUACGAGCUCGCCGCUCCCCAAGACACCUGGCUUCUAGGCGGAAGACGCAAAGGCCACUUCGUUAUCCCAGCCCCAUCCUCACUACCUCCUUCCGCCACCGGAACCGGAGCAAGCGUAAAAGUAGACUACGAAAGCACCGCCGACACUGAAGCCGAGAUCCCUAUCCUCUUCGUCCCACUACGCGAGGGCUGGCUGCCGUACCCCAGCGUAGAAAUCAGGGAAGUCAGACCGUACGAAGACAGUGUCGGAUCACCUGUGGACGGGGGAGCAGGUCCAGGCGUGCACUUCGAGACAGACGUGAGGAAUUUAGGCGAAACGGUUCGGGUUAUCGCGGAUAGAGCACGUGUUACCCUCAGCCUGGACGCAAGUGGACCUAGUGGCGGACCAUUGGUGUUAGAUGUGGAACGAUUGAGGGGAGCUGGAGAGGAGGGGAGGACUGUUGCUUGAUUGAUGCUGGGCUAGCUUAGGGGUAGGGAGGUGUCUGACCUACUUAGUCAGGGUGAAUGUUAUGAUACUUGCUAGUUUAGCUUAGCUUAAAUCAGCUUGCUUGUUACUAUAUCAAAUAAACGUGUUUCGAUCUAA